AUGGAGGGGAAUACUUACUGGAAGCCUAACGAACAAGGCGGAGACUCCCUUGUGAACAACGCUAAUGAUUGGAAAUCACAUCAAGAGCAUGAUAUACGGAAAAAGGUUCUUUCCAAAAUCGUGGAAAACUUGAAGAGAUAUUUCCCUAAUCAUAGUCAAUAUGAGAUUAAUUUAUGUGCUGCCAAAUUUGAAGACAAGUCCUAUGGCAUGUCCAAAGAUAAGAAUGAUUACUUGCGGACAAUCAUGGAUAAGAUGAGGAAUUUGGAGAGAAGAUUCAGAAAUAUGCAAUCUAAUAAUGUGCAAUCUGGUUCUUCAGUCAAUGGAACCAAUACGCCAGAUCCAGCAUCUCAAGUUCUGAAUCAACAGCAGUCACUUCCCACCUCAUUGCCAUACACACAAACUCCAACAAGCCAACAAUGGUUACCACAAAACAUCCCGAGCAAUCUCAACAUUCCUGAGUCUUCUGGUUUGCCAACUCAGAUAGAUGUACUGUCCCAGGAACAGAGGCAACAAGAACAAGAGCAACUCAUUAGUCAACUGAUGAAUGGUCCAGACACUCAUCAGAAUCAUCAUCUAACGACACAACAAAACAACGGAGACCAACACGGAGCUUUUAGAGUAUCGUCGUCGUCCGAGCAUAACAAUCUUGCGAGCUUUCGAGCACAACAGAGUAAUAACCUCCCAGAUAUGCACCAGCAACGCCUUCGCUCUCAUGGUAAUAAUGCUUCAGCCUUCCCCUCCCAACAGCAGCAAAAUAUACUUGGUUGUCAAUCUGGUAAUUUUAAUGUGCCGGGAACAAGUUUGUUGGGUACUCAAGGCCAAGAGGUGGGACAAUCUCAAUCAAUGAUGUUACAACAGUACCAACCGCAACAUCCUCUGCAGCAGCCUCAGAGUAGAAGCUUACAGCAAAAUUUGGAUUCUGUACAUAACGAUACGCAAAGGUUUCAAGCAGCAGAUUCUUUGCACCAAACCCAAAACAUACCAGACCAACAGAAUCAACCAUAUCAGUUACAGAGAACACCUCCAGCAUCUCAAGAUUCUACAAGCUUGACGGUAAAUGCCAGCGGUUAUGACUGGCAGGAGGAAACUUAUCAGAAGAUAAAAGCCCUGAAAAAUAUGUAUUUACCUGUUCUGAGUACGAUGCUCCAAAAAGUUGUGGAUAAAUUGAGAGAGAUUGAUUCUCUUCCGCCACAAAAGAUGUUAUACGAGCCAACCGAAAAGCUAAGGGUGGGCAAAUCUACAUUGGAACAAGUUAUCGUCUUCUUAAAUGUUCAUAGGAGUAGUAUAUCAGAGAAGCACAGAGAUAGGUUUAGUAUUUAUGAGGAUCAUGUAUUGAGGUUGACCAAGAGUCAGUUCGGGCCUCGGAAGCCAAUGCAGCAACAACAAGGGAUAGUUCCCCCUUCUCAGCUCCAUCAAGCAGCAUUACAAUCCCAUCAAGUCCAUGUGUCGCAGUCUCUUGACAACAAUCAAAUGAAUUCACAGUUGAUACCAAGAAACCAAAAUGGGGCCUCGUCUUCAUUAUCUGGCCUUACGACAUCACAGACAGCAAUGCCUCAUUCAUUGCAGACAAGGCCUAAGAUGGAACCAAAAGAUGAGAACAACAUUAUGGCCUCUUUAGGAAAUGUCGUGUUACCUUCCCUUAAACAGAUUUCUGCUAGUACUCCGCAAGCCGUACACUCGAAUAUCAGCUCGGUUCAGUCUUGUAUGUUUCAGCAGCAGCAACCGUCACCGCAUCAACAAGCGAACCAGCGGCUUCAAUUGCCGACUUCACACCAGAUAAAUGAUGCGAGGAUGAGGCAGGGGAUGAACAUUAAAGCUGGGUUACUUGAGCAACACGUCUCACCAAGUCAACGCCAGAUUCCAAAGCCACUGGUUUCUCCGGCUCAGAAGUCUAACUUUUCGCCAUUAGCUUCAUCCCCUAAGAUACUGCACAACUCUUCUCCUCAGUUGAUCGACCAGCAGAUUCUUCAUGCAACAGUUCACAAAACUGGAACACCAUCACAGUAUGGUGGCUCGCGUUUUGUUUCCCCAUCUCCUCUGACUACCUUUUCUCCAUCUCCAAUACCUGGGGAUCCUGAAAGGCCCAUAUCCGUUGAGUCACCGGUGUCGCAUGCUUACUUAUUACAAACAUCAGCUCAGCCUCCUCAGUUUACUCUUCCUCCUGAGCCAAUCCCAGAGCGGCCUAUUCAUCGACUGAUCAAUGCGUUUCAGUCAUCAUCACAGAGAUCUUUAGCAGAAUCUGCAUGUGAGAUGAGCUCAAUCAUCAGUAUGGCUGACAGGAUUGCAGGAUCUUUCCACUCCGGUGGAGGAUCGAGAGCUGGUUUAGCCGAAGAUUUGAGUUCAAAUUUCUUUUUACAGGAAGGAAACUUACUGACACACGGGGAAACAAAUCCGACUAAAAGAUUGAAGCGCGAAAUCAGCACUCAGCCUCUAGAUAUCGCAACACAAACUGAUGAUGUUUAUAAACAGUACCUUGAAUCUGAAGUCGACUCCACAGCAUCAUCUGGCUCGAAAGAUAACAAGAUUGAGCCUGGUUGUGCCCUCCUGAAAGAAAUCAAUGAAAUAAAUGGGAGACUUGUAGAGACAGUGGUCGAUAUAUGCAAUGUAGAUGUCUAUCCAAAUGAAGUUACUUCAGGAAUAAUCGUCUCAUGUUCUUAUUCCCCUGUGACUCUCAGUGCCACAUUCAAAGCUCAUUACCAGUCAGGACUUAUCUCGCAGAUUCAGCCGUUACGCUUACUAGUUCCUGCGAAUUACCCAUAUAGUUCCCCAAUACCUCUCGAGAAACUCCCUUUAGAUGCCAGUGUACAAAGGUAUGAGGAUCUAUCGGCGAGAACCAGAUCGAGGUUCAGCUAUUCCAUGAAAGAACUUUCAGAACCUAUGUCUCUUAAAGACAUAGUUCAAAUGUGGAAUGAUUGUGCUAGAGCGACAAUGACUGAGUACGCAGAGCGGUACGGUGGAGGAACUUUCAGCUCCAAGUACGGUACUUGGGAGACUGUUCUAAGAGCUUCAUGA